AUGAAUCUCUUUUACUUUUCUGUUAAACGUUUUGACUCUUGCGAUGCAUCAACAUGCAGACAACAUUUAAUAACUUGUCCCAGAUACGAUGGAAAGUUCUUAAAACGAAAAACUGUUGAGUUACUGAGAGAAACACGACUGAAUGAGACAUUGACGAACGUGGUAAUACCAACCUUUGAUGAGAAGAAAAUCCAACCAGUUAUAUUCUCAAGCUACAAGCUGAAGACAGAAAGUUACUUAAAUGCGAAACUCUCAGAUAUAGGUCUUGGCACUUCGGCUGCACCAACUUAUCUUCCAAACCACGUAUUUCAGAAUGAUGGUGUUAAAUUUGAUUUGAUUGAUGGUGCUCUGGCCGCUAACAAUCCAGCUCUGGUUGCUGUGAGUGAAGUGAUACAAAAGAAUGGGCAAAAGGAAAUUUUGUUGCUGUCAUUAGGAACUGGAAUAACCGCAGCUCAGAACAAGUUAGGUGGCAUGUUUGAUGGUGUGUGCCAACUUGGAUGGCUAGCUCACAACAUUGAAGUUAUCAGUGAAGUUGCAUACAGCACAGACAUGACUCAUUACUACCUUGCCACAAUCUUCCCUGGCCUCUUACCUGCCAAAAACUAUCUUCGAAUUGAGGAGUAUAACAUGGAUCCAUCCUUGAACGAAAUGGAUAAUACUGACAAAAAGAACAUGGAUAACCUUGAAAAGGUGGGAAAGGGUCUGUUGACCCAAAAAGUCAAGAGGAUGAAUGUGAAUUCAUUUAAACCAUUUGAACUAGACCAGACAAAUUCUCAAGCUCUUGACAGGUUGGCAGAGAAAGUAUUUGCAGAGAGGCAGUUGCGUCUGAAAAGGAAGUAUAUGGAAAAAGGAGGAAGACCUUUGGUUGAAACUGCUCAAGUUCUUUCUGGUUGAAUAAGAGCAACUUGAGUAUUAUGAAUAAAUGAUAUGUGUUUGAUAUUAUAUUAUGGUGUGUACGUUUGUUGUAAUAUAUGUGUGAUGUGUUGGGAUAAGGUUAAAAUGCUUUGGGGUUGUAUGUAACUUCCAUUUGCAGGAACCAUGGAUCAUGUAAUAAGGUUGAAUGUUCUUGAGUUUUAUGUAA